AGCAGGAUAGAGCGGGAUUACACUUCUUUUUUCCAAGAGGACUUUUCCGUGCUCUGCUAUGGAAUACUAUUCACGUUAUUCCUCUGUUUAUACCAUCAUAUCUGAGUUAAAACUGGCCAUCAUCAUGCAAACCUUCUUUAGAAGCUCUUCAGUGUGUUAAAUUCUAAACUGGGAUCUAAACAGAGAAGACAAACGGAACGUGAGGGAAGAGGGAGCUGUAUAUGAGGAGGUUCAGUGCAUAAUUUUUUCAUUCCCUGAACCCCAAAACACUCCAGGAUUGACAAUGAGACCAGACGUGGAGACUGAUCCUGGGUCAGCUCCACUGGAGAUGGGAGACAAAGGCCUGACACAGAUCUUGGCGCAUGUGAUUGCUGAAGUGAGGGGCUCUGUCAAUAAAGAUGUAAAUGGAGCUGAACUGUUGUACAGUCUCCUCAACGCCCCCUGGUUGCAGUCCCAACUAAAGGUGUAUGAAUGUCUACAGAGGCACCUAAAGAGUCCAGCUAGGCCGUAUCUUUCCUAUUCGUCUGGACUCUCUCUACAGAUUCUGUCUGAUUUGCUAGCAAUCCAAAACCCCUCAAAUGAAGCUCGAGAACUGUAUGCCCUCCUUAGUCAUCCCCACCUACAGGCUCUUCUCUCGGCUCAUGACACAGUAAGUUUGAGGGACUAUGAGCCAGAUCUGCCACCGCUGCCUAAAGACCUGCCUGAAGACGAGGAAGCCAUGAGGAUUGUUUGCUUGGUCAAAAACAAUCAACCUCUGGGAGCAACAAUCAGGAGAGAUGAUGUGACAGGAGAAAUAUACAUUGCUCGUGUUAUACAUGGAGGACUGGCUGACCGCAGUGGUCUCUUGCAUGCUGGAGACAGGCUGGUGGAGGUAAACGGCCAUCCUGUAUUUGGAGUGGAACCAGAACAGAUUAUACAAAUUCUGGAAGCAAAAAGAGUUAUGGUGGUCUCAGCCUUAUCAUCCUCACACUUGUGUCAAAACCUUUCUUUUUUCCCCCACUUUUUUAUUCUUACAGAAGAUGACAUGAAUUCCAUAGAUGAAAAAUGUGUAGAAGCAGAUGAGGAGGCGUUUGAAUCUGAAGAGGUAAAGGAUGAGGAGAGUGAAUUCAGCACCAAUAUUGAAGGGAUUUACCUGACUGGUUUUCGACGAAGUCUGCGUCUCUGUCGCCAACCGAGAGGUCAGGCAUUUGGAACGUCCCAGUUCUGCACCUUACGCUGUCCCACGAACUGUUACAGUUCACUGGCCAAACCGUAUGAGGAGGUGGUGCGGUACCAGCACCAUCCAGAGCACCCACACCGCCUCAUAGCUCUGCUGGGUCCGUCUGGGCUCGGGGUAAAUGAGUUACGCAGGAGGCUAAUUGAGAUCAAUCCCAAGGUCUACCAAGGAGCCGUUCCCCAUACCACAAGGCCACCCAAAUGCCAUGAGGAGUCUGGCAGAGAAUAUCACUUUAUCAGCCGAGAGCAGUUUGACACCAUGGUCUGCAAUCACAGGUUUAUUGAGUUUGGGGAGUUGAGAGGUCAUCUCUAUGGCACUAGCGUGGAUGCGGUUAAAGAUGUUUUGGCGAGUGGGAAGAUCUGUGUGAUUGACAUUGAGCCAUAUGUGAGUUUCUCUCGGAACUAUAUUCAUCUGUUGUUAUAA